AUGUCCUCUACACGCUCUGUUGCAAAAGAACUCCCAUUGCUCCUGCAGACUGUCGACCUUCAAACGGCCUUGGAAGAUGACGAGAACAUGCUGCAAAAACUCACUUACCCUGGUCUUCGAGAUGAUUUUAUGCAUUACCUUUUUGCGCGCAGAUCAGAUAUCGAAGCCAUCGUAGCACGCCAUCUUGGUCUCUGCACGGGUAGUUGUCAGGUGGCAGAAGAGGGAUGGCUUCAUGGCAGCUUCAACCUCUGCAUUCCUGUCAAUAUCAGAGAUCCUCAUUAUGCAGCUAGACGGGUGCUCUUUAGGAUUCCACUUCCUUACAAAACCGGAGAGAUGAAAUAUCCAGGCAACUCGGAGGAGAAACUUCGUUGCGAAGUUGCAACGUAUGUCUGGAUGCAGCAGAACUGUCCUACUGUACCAAUUCCCAAUUUGCUAGGAUUUGGCUUUGCUGAUGGCCUGGGUUUUUCACCACUUCCGGCGGCUCCCUUUGUUCAUCGAAUGUUUUGGUAUGCUCGAUGCAUUCUCUUGUCUAUUUUUUGCAGAUCCUUGCCAUGUGCCUAUGUCAAACAGACACUCCCAAAGUUAGGCCAUGGAUACAUGAUUCUGGAAUAUGUCGAAGAAGCCAGCGCGAGCAUGCUAUCAAAGACCUGGAGCGACUUCCGCCAUGACGAUACCCGCAGGGCCAACCUCUUUCGCGAUAUGUCGCGAAUUAAUCUUACACUUGCUUGUCAACCCCUUCCUCACAUUGGCUCACUUAGAAUAGAUGAUCAAGGCUUCUUGCAUCUCAGCAACCGACCCCUUACGCUUCGUCUUCAGCAUUUGGAAAACGAAGGUAUUCCAACUCAUAUCGGCAGGGAUCAGGUGUACUUCACUUCCGAGUCCUAUGUGCUUGAUCUUCUGGCGUGUUACGACAACAAAUUGAGAUAUCAGCCGAACAGUGUACUCGAUAAGUUCGACGGAUGCGCUCAAAUGGCUGCAAUAACUGUCAUGCGAGCUACCCAUCCGCACUAUCUUCAACGCGGUCUUCGUCGUGGACCUUUUAUCCUCACUCUCACGGAUCUCCAUCAGAGCAACAUAUUUGUUGAUCAGGAUUGGAAUAUUAAAUAUAUAAUUGAUCUGGAAUGGGCUUGUUCGCAACCAGUCGAUAUGCUGCGGGCUCCUUAUUGGCUUACAGAUCGACCAGUAGACAGUCUCCUGCCUGACGAUGGUCUUGAAGAAUUCAGCAAAACCCAUAACGAAUUUCUGGAAAUAUUUGAGCAAGAGGAAAAGGCGAUACGAAAAGCGGAGUCUCAUAGACUGCUAUUCUGCCACUCACUUGCUGGUAUAAUUAGGAACGGCUUGGAGAACGGAAGCUUCUGGUUUUUCUAUGCGUUGGAAAAUCCCAAAGGACUAUUCUCUUUGUUCUUCUACCAUCUUAUGCCACGAUAUGGUGAUUCCACCAACCCAAAUUUCUACGAUGUAAUGAGUGCUUACUGGGACGUGAAUGCGGCUAAUGUUGUAGAGCGGAAGCUCAAAGAUAAGGAAGACUACGAGGCUAAUCUGCGGAAAGCAUUUACUGGAGAUGACCCUUGA